AUGGACGGCCCGGGCCCCAGCGCAGUGGUCGUGCGCGUCGGUAUCCCGGACCUGCAGCAGACGAAGUGCCUGCGCCUGGACCCGGACGCGCCCGUAUGGGCCUCCAAGCAGCGCGUGCUGUGCACGCUCAACCACAGCCUGCAGGACACGCUCAACUACGGGCUUUUCCAGCCGCCCUCCCAGGGCCGCGCCGGCAAGUUCCUGGACGAGGAGCGGCUCCUGCGGGAGUAUCCGCCCAACCUGGACACGCCCCUGCCCUACCUGGAGUUUCGAUACAAGCGACGUGUUUAUGCCCAGAACCUCAUUGAUGAUAAGCAGUUUGCAAAACUUCAUACAAAGGCAAACCUGAAGAAGUUCAUGGACUACGUCCAGCUGCACAGCACAGAUAAGGUGGCCCGCCUGCUGGACAAGGGGCUGGACCCCAAUUUCCACGACCCCGACUCAGGAGAGUGCCCCUUGAGCCUUGCUACCCAGCUGGACAAUGCCACGGACCUGCUGAAGGUGUUGAGGAAUGGAGGCGCCCACCUAGAUUUCCGCACCCGGGACGGGCUGACGGCCGUCCACUGUGCUGCCCGGCAGCGGAAUGCAGCAGCUCUGACGACCCUGCUGGACCUGGGGGCAUCUCCUGAUUAUAAGGAUAGCCGUGGUCUGACGCCCCUGUACCACAGUGCCCUGGGGGGCGGGGAUGCCCUCUGCUGCGAGCUGCUCCUCCAUGACCACGCCCGGCUGGGGGCCACCGAUGAGAAUGGCUGGCAGGAGAUUCAUCAGGCCUGCCGCUUUGGUCAUGUCCAGCACUUGGAACACCUGCUGUUCUAUGGCGCGGACAUGGGGGCUCAGAAUGCCUCCGGGAACACGGCCCUGCACAUCUGCGCCCUCUAUAACCAGGAGAGCUGUGCCCGUGUCCUCCUCUUUCGGGGUGCCAAUAAGGAUGUUCGCAAUUACAACAGCCAGACAGCCUUCCAGGUUGCCAUCAUCGCUGGGAACUUUGAGCUCGCUGAGGUCAUCAAGACCCACAAAGACUCUGAUGUUGUACCAUUCAGGGAAACUCCCAGCUAUGCAAAGCGGAGACGACUUGCUGGCCCCAGUGGCCUGGCAUCCCCACGACCUCUCCAGCGCUCGGCCAGCGACAUCAACCUGAAGGGAGAAGGGCAGCCGGCAGCCUCCCCUGGGCCCUCACUGCGAAGCCUUCCUCACCAGCUGCUGCUUCAGCGGCUGCAGGAGGAGAAAGACCGGGACCGGGCUGCUGAGCAGAAGGACAUCGGAGGUCAUGCAGUGGCCAGGGGCAGCCAAGGCCCCUUCAGCCCAAGCGGCCCAGGUGGCCCGGGCGCCGCAGCUGGCCCUGGCCCGGUGGCCCCCGCGCCCCCCGCACCGCCGCCCCGGGGCCCGAAGCGGAAACUUUACAGCGCCGUUCCUGGCCGCAAGUUCAUCGCGGUGAAGGCGCACACCCCGCAGGGCGAGGGCGAGAUCCCACUGCACCGCGGCGAGGCCGUGAAGGUGCUCAGCAUCGGGGAGGGCGGUUUCUGGGAGGGCACCGUGAAAGGCCGCACAGGCUGGUUCCCGGCCGACUGCGUGGAGGAGGUGCAGAUGAGACAGUAUGACACACGGCACGAAACUCGGGAGGACCGGACCAAGCGACUUUUCCGCCACUACACAGUGGGCUCCUACGACAGCUUCACAUCCCACAGUGACUAUGUCAUCGAGGACAAGGUGGCCGUGCUGCAGAAACGGGACCACGAGGGCUUCGGCUUUGUCCUCCGAGGGGCCAAAGCCGAGACCCCCAUCGAGGAGUUCACGCCCACACCUGCCUUCCCGGCGCUGCAGUAUCUGGAGUCUGUGGACGUGGAGGGUGUAGCCUGGAGGGCUGGGCUACGGACUGGAGACUUCCUCAUCGAGGUGAACGGUGUGAACGUGGUGAAGGUGGGCCAUAAGCAGGUGGUGGCCCUGAUCCGUCAGGGAGGGAACCGCCUCGUCAUGAAGGUUGUGUCAGUAACCAGGAAGCCUGAAGAAGAUGGAGCUCGCCGCCGAGCCCCGCCUCCCCCCAAGAGGGCCCCCAGCACCACACUGACCCUCCGCUCCAAGUCCAUGACGGCUGAACUGGAGGAGCUUGCCUCAAUUCGGAGAAGGAAAGGGGAGAAGCUGGAUGAGAUCUUGGCAGCAGCAGCGGAGCCCACGCUGAGACCUGAUAUUGCAGACGCUGAUUCAAGAGCAGCCACAGUCAAGCAGCGGCCUACCAGCCGCAGGAUCACGCCAGCCGAGAUCAGUUCAUUGUUUGAGCGACAGGGCCUUCCGGGCCCAGAGAAGCUGCCUGGCUCACUCCGGAAGGGGCUGCCGCGGACCAAGUCUGUAGGGGAGGACGAGAAGCUGGCAUCCCUACUGGAGGGACGCUUCCCGCGCAGCUCGUCCAUGCAGGACACAGGUCGCGAGGGCCGCGGUAUCCCACCACCACCGCAGACCGCUCCGCCGCCCCCACCUGGCCCUUACUAUUACGACUCAGGGCCGCCGCCUGCCUUCUCGCCACCGCCACCACCGCCGAGCCGCGCCUAUGACACGGUGCGCUCCAGCUUUAAGCCGGGCCUAGAGGCGCGCCUGGGUGCGGGCGCCGCGGGGCUCUACGAGCCGGGGGCGCCUCUGGGCCCGCUACCCUACCCUGAGCGGCAAAAGCGCGCACGCUCCAUGAUUAUCCUGCAGGACUCGGCGCCCGAGGCGUCUGACAGCGCAAGGCCCCCGCCUGCCGCCACCCCACCCGAGCGCCUGAAGCGUCGCCCGCGGCCGCCGGGCCCCGACAGCCCCUACGCCAACCUGGGCGCUUUCAGCGCCAGCCUCUUCGCGCCGUCCAAGCCGCAACGCCGCAAGAGCCCGCUGGUGAAGCAGCUGCAGGUGGAGGACGCGCAGGAGCGCGCUGCGCUGGCGCACAGCGGCACCGGCGGCCCAGGCACCGGCAGCUUCGCUCGCGAUCCCUCCCCAACGCACCGCGGGCCCCGGGUCGGAGGUCUUGAUUACGGUCCCGGCGAUGGCCCCGGCCUGGCGUUCGGCGGCCCGGGCCCGGCCAAAGACCGCAGGCUGGAGGAGCGGCGCCGCUCCACCGUCUUCCUGUCAGUGGGUGCCAUCGAGGGCAGCCCCCCCAGCGCUGAACUGCCCUCGCUGCAGCCCUCCCGUUCCAUAGACGAGCGCCUCCUAGGCACCGGAUCCGCCCCCAGCCGCGACCUGCUGCUACCCUCCCCCGUGUCCGCAUUGAAGCCAUUGGUCAGCGGCCCCAGCCUCGGGUCCUCGGGCUCCACCUUCAUCCAUCCACUCACUGGCAAGCCGCUGGACCCCAGCUCGCCCCUGGCGCUCGCCCUGGCUGCCCGCGAGCGAGCUUUGGCUUCUCAGGCGCCCUCCCGCUCCCCCACUCCCGUACACAGCCCUGACGCUGACCGCCCUGGGCCCUUGUUUGUGGAUGUCCAGUCCCGGGACUCGGAUCGAGGGGCCCUAGCCUCGCCGGUCUUCUCCCCAAGAAGCCCGGCGUGGGUUCCCGUGCCCACACGCAGGGAGCCUGAGAAGGCACCCCGUGAGGAGCGGAAAUCACCUGAUGACAAGAAGUCCAUGAUUCUCAGCGUCCUGGACACGUCCCUGCAACGCCCAGCCGGCCUCAUUGUUGUGCAUGCCACCAGCAACGGGCAGGAGCCUGGCCAGCUGGGGGCUGAAGAGGAGCACCCGGGCUCCCCGGAGUUGGCCCCAGCCCCCAUGCAAUCAGCAGCUACCAUGGCAGAGCCCUUGCCCAGCCCUCGGGCCCAGCCCCCCAGCAGCACCCCGGUGGACCCUGGGCCCGGCCAGGGCAGCUCGGAAGAGGAGCCUGAGCUAGUGUUUGCUGUGAAUUUGCCACCGGCCCAUCUAUCCUCCAGUGACGAGGAGACCCGUGAGGAGCUUGCUCGCAUUGGGCUGGUGCCACCCCCUGAAGAGUUUGCCAAUGGGGUCCUGCUGGCCACCCCACUCCCGGGCCCAGGCCCCUCGCCCAUCACAGGGCCCAGCCCGGCCUCAGGGAAGCCGGGCAUAGAGCCACCCCCUGCCCCAGAGUCUGCCGCUGACUCAGGUGUGGAAGAGGCAGAUACAAGAAGCUCCAGCGACCCCCACCUGGAGACCACAAGCACCAUCUCCACCGUGUCCAGCAUGUCCACCCUGAGCUCGGAGAGCGGGGAGCUCACUGACACCCACACCUCCUUCGCUGACGGACACACUUUUCUACUCGAGAAGCCACCAGUGCCUCCCAAGCCCAAGCUCAAGUCCCCACUGGGGAAGGGGCCGGUGACCUUCAGGGACCCACUGCUGAAGCAGUCCUCGGACAGCGAGCUCAUGACGCAGCAGCACCACGCCACCUCCGCCGGGCCCGCCCGCCCUCGCUACCUCUUCCAGAGAAGGUCCAAGCUGUGGGGGGACCCCGUAGAGAGCCGGGGGCUCCCCGGGCCUGAAGAUGACAAGCCAACUGUGAUCAGCGAGCUCAGUUCCCGCCUGCAGCAGCUGAACAAAGACACACGCUCCCUGGGGGAGGAGCCAGUUGGCGGCCUGGGUGGCCUGCUGGACCCCGCCAAGAAGUCACCCAUCGCGGCAGCUCGGCUCUUCAGCAGCCUCGGUGAGCUGAGCUCCAUUUCAGCGCAGCGCAGCCCCGGGGGCCCGGGCGGCGGGGCCUCCUACACUGUGCGGCCUGGCAGCCGCUACCCAGUGGCUCGGCGCACCCCGAGCCCAGUGAAGCCCGCGUCGCUGGAGCGGGUGGAGGGGCUGGGGGCGGGCGCGGGGGGCGCUGGGCGGCCCUUCGGCCUCACGCCCCCCACCAUCCUCAAGUCGUCCAGCCUCUCCAUCCCACACGAGCCCAAGGAGGUGCGCUUCGUGGUGCGCAGCGUGAGCGCGCGCAGCCGCUCGCCCUCGCCCUCCCCGCUGCCCUCCCCAGCGCCGGGCUCCAGCGCCCCCGGCCCGCGCCGGCCCUUCCAGCAGAAACCGGUGCAACUCUGGAGCAAGUUUGACGUGGGCGACUGGCUGGAGAGCAUCCACCUGGGCGAACACCGCGACCGUUUUGAGGACCACGAGAUCGAGGGUGCCCACCUGCCGGCGCUCACCAAGGACGACUUCGUGGAGCUGGGCGUUACGCGCGUGGGCCACCGCAUGAACAUCGAACGCGCGCUCAAGCAGCUGGACGGCAGCUGA